AUGCCGGACACUUUUGUCGUCGACACCUAUCAGGUGAACGUUGGGGCUGGAGACUGCUCUGUACACAUUCUGGCCAAAAACCCAGGAGCCACUGACGAUGUUCGAGGCGAAGUCAUUCAUGCUGUACUAAUGGAUGGAGGCGAAAUAACGAAUUCGCAGCACUACAUCAGCCAGACUCUGACUGACAUAGGUGCGAGAUACACAAAUACAUCCACCAUAGUUGGUGUUCCCCUACAAUUUCAUUCACUGGUGAUCACACACUGGGAUCGAGAUCAUUGGAGGGGUAUGAUCGAUCUACUACAACGUGACUUAGCAUCGCAGUACACGGUAGCCGCGGACGCCGUGUUUGAAUUGUACGACGCCUGGAAACAAGACAAAGAGAGCAAGCCAGAGGAUAUGCCUCCUAAGCCCGUGGACCUGAAGAAAAUCCAGUCCAACUAUCUCAAAUAUGGCCGAAAUGGGGAGCUACAGACGACGCUCUACUGUCCGGUCUGGGAAUCGUCACAGUCGCAAAAUUUUGUGCCCGGGGCUGAACGGGGCAAAGAACCAGAAACUCCCGAAGACGAGAAAUACAACGGUGCUCCUCAGGGCAAGCCUCAUUGGGAUGUCCAGCUCGAGUAUCGUACAAAUACAGUGUCUAUAAACGCGGGAAGUUUUCCCGCUGGUCCCAGUCGCAUGUCGGCGAGGCGGGACAUGUAUGUGCCAGCUUGCAGGGUUGUUUAUGACGCUAUCAACCUCAUCGGGCGUGAGAUAUUCACAUCCAAGAUUUUUGCAGGUGACAAUGCCGACAGAGCUUCUCCUUGGACCAGUGUCAAGACUCUUUCGUCACUUCUAAAAGCACAUGGUGCAGUUCCUGGUCAGCCAGGGAUGUAUUGUGUGGCGGCAGCACGACAAGUCAUCGGUCGUCCUAACACUGCGAUAGACAAGUUUGACAACGCUUCUCCGGAUGCGUCCAUCAAGUUCGAUAACAGCGAGAAUAACAAGACAAACGCGAUGUCUCUUGCUUUCAUCAUAGCUUGGCCACCCAUCAAGAUUGGAGCGAAGCCACGUGUAUCGCUGUACACUGGAGGGGAUGCAGAAGGAUACGUCGAAACAAGACUUUUGCCUUUCUUGGAAGAGGUCAAUACUGUAUCCGUUCUCAAGGCCGGACAUCAUGGCUCUGAGAUGACACUGCAGCCAAUCUUCAUCAAGAGAAUGAACCCAGGUAAAAUCGUCUUUUCCUCCGGAAAAACCAACAAGCAUCCCCACUGGACGAGGUUGGCACUGUUAGCCCUACACUACAAUCAGCAGAUCUACAAGCAACAGCGAGGCCCAGAGGCGUUUUUUUGGAGCACAUGCUAUCCGUACUGGACAAUUAUUCCCCCCAAAAAUCCCAACGCAGAAGAUCCUGAGAUGGCACAAAUUGAGGCAAUGUCGGACCGAUUCAAUCCUUCUGCAUUCUACAAUAAGCCAUUCCGUGAUGUUCUGACUAGCUGGUACCAGGAGUAUCGCACACUUCUCGGCGAUGAGCCCGUUCCUGCUGCAUCGCCAGAUAUCCUAGCGGAGUAUGACCAGAUCAUGAUCAAGCAUGGGUACGAAAAGGGCGCCAUAUUCGAAAAUGGGAGGGUAAUCAAAAGGAAGGCUUUGCAGGAGCUUCUGCCCUUCUUCAURCGCUUGUUCGGGACCCUGUGGCAAGCCAUGUCCGAUGUUACAUUCACAGAUCUUGCCGAUAAUUCAGUCGACGCUUCUGGCAAUUACCUGGAUGGCUCAUCUCGUCUGUCGCAAUUAUGGAUCAAGCAUCGGGACGACAUUAGUGACGGAACUAUCCUCAUCUUUCGACUCGGUGUGUGGUUGAGCCCCAGAAGGACGACGAGGGUGUACAGAGACAAACGCGAAAACAGUGUCGAUGAGAUUGAAUGGCAUCCGAGGGGACAGAGUAGAGCUGGCAGAUUAUACAAUCCGAGCAAGGUUCCUAUGGAGGAGAACCAUGUAGUCGAAUCGAAAUCAUCGAAUACAUCACAUAAGAGACAGAAGACCGAGGCGGAGGUGGAAGAGGAGAAAAUGGAGGGAGAGGACAAUUUGGAAGAAGCUCCAAGUGGCGCGACGGGGGGAGCCCGAACUGGAAUGCUUUUCGUGCCGAUGCGCGUGAACGCUACACCUAUGGUUGGUGCGAGCGCCUUCGACGCGAGCACAGCUACGACGACGUCAACAGUCAGUUUCCUUGCUGCGUCCCACUAUCGGUCUACGAAUGGCACUCUUCUUCUGUCGACAGAUGACCCGCUGGACGAGUUCCUGGCCGCUCUAGCCCCUUCCUUUGUUGGCCUUGACAAAGAUCUGACAGUCUCGCCAGGUCAAACACCAACAGUCACCCUAUCCAAAACCACUGGCUUCAGUCGCUGGCUAUCCGAAUCCAUUGGAGCGACAGCCAUCCACCUGUCCCUGUUGAUUACCAGUCAUAGAUCUGAUAGUACUGGUAGUCGGAACGAUGCGAAUAUUGUACAUUGGACCGUGUCUCUGAAUCUGGCUAAGAACGAUCAAUCGAACGGUGCGAUUGCCCUCACAUUCUCCUCCAUGGCAUCACAUCUGGCCAAGACGCUGAACUUCACCCCUGACACUGCAAGUGGGACUAUUGGUGACACUGGAUACUCUGUUGGACUCGGAGCUCUCGUACUGGCCCUUGAGCAGCAGCCUUCGGCUUCUAUCGGUCUCGGCCAUCUCUGCACCUUCCUCGACCUACCUCUAGGUUGGAURGUAUCUGCACUUGACAAGGUCACCCUGCGAGUGACCCAGGAUGCCGAUGCUUCGCAAACUGCUGUCCUACGUCGACUUGCAUCGAACGCCAUCUGGAUCCGACCAGACCAGAACUAUAGCACGAUCAUUCGACUUCAUCUGCGUGAAGUCGGCGGAUCACGUGUGGAACCCUGGAUCAUGGAACAUCUCCCUGACAUUCAAAUUUCGGAUAUCAGAGUCAUAGCUUACAAGGAUGCGCGACGUUUGUUUGCUCAAUCGGAUUCAUCACACGUAUACAAGGUGGAAUCCRGCAUAACAUACACGGCCAAGAUCGGGCUUGGAAAUUCGAGCGCGCAAGAUUUUUCGGCCUCGAUCCGAUGUGGCACUACCGGACUCGAUGUGUCUCUGCGGUGGGAUGGCACAGCGGAUCCAAUCGUCGACAUGCUUACUUGGGUUAAUAAAAGGACACAGGGCAUGGUCGAUAGCUCGGUUCUCGAUUCUUUCGUCAAUGAUCUUGUUUCUAAGAAUCCAUUGAAGCUGAGGCAAUUCUCCCUGCAAAUCGGCCAAGACAAAUCUUUGCAGCAGCUUCGCUUCGAAUUCGAAAUUCAUCUCGAUCUUGGGGCUCCCAAGAACAGCCAGGUUCCUCUCCUGGUCAGCUUUACAUGGUCUCCGCUGCAAACCAGCUUCAGAGCUGAGAUCUGGCCUCACGAUAUGCUACCCAAGUAUCUGUUUCCCAUCAGGCAAGUGCCCGCUGAUUAUCCCGCCCCAUGGAUAUGGCCGACGUAUGAUCCGCUGAGAGUCAGGGCGCCGACAUGUGCCACCCCGAUAGACCAUUUCUCGCUCAAAUAUCUCCGACCUCGCCAUGGCAAUGAAUCGAGCGACAGUGAAACCAUUGACAGUCAGCAAAUUCCGGCAUGGCUUCCCACUGAAAUAUACGACGCUGUGCUUGAGAUCAGCGACAAGCACACAAUAAUGUCUGCGCAGGUCUUUUGUGAUGAGCCUGGAAGCGCAGACGCUGUGCCUGCGAUAGCAUUGGAAUCCUUGAAUCUGUUCGCCGAAUUUCGUAGAGCGCAAGGUCCCGAUCCGGCUGGGUUCAAUUUACACUUGGAGGGACGGGUGACCCUACAUGCACGCGAGAGUGUUACCACGCCCAGCUACUCUUAUGGGCCAGCGAGUCUUUCUGUCCGACUGGAUCACGCUGCGAAGACUACGACUGCUCCAGAAAACUGGACUUUAUCUGCUUCGGCAGACGAUCUUGCACUUGCCGCACUAUAUUCCUUGUUUCCUAAAGGGGGUCAGCAAGACGCUGUCAUGAAUAUACUGGAACACCUAUACAUUCCUCACAUGUCCAUCAUCUAUCAGUACAACAAAGGAGUAGCCUCAUCUCUCAUGCUCAGUGGAUCGAUCCUCGUGGGAGACGUGGAGCUGGAUCUCGAAUAUCGGCACGACAGUAAAGGAUGGAUCUUUGAAGCAGUGCUGGGCGAGGCCAAGAAGGCUUUGAUUUUGGGUAAAUCCACGACCGCACCAACUUUGGGUUCUAUUCUGGGUGACAUUUCACCAGAGAUUGCCCAGUACCUGCCGGAUCUCGUCACCAACAUCCCCAUUGAGCUCAAGCAGGACCUCCACGUUGGGCUGGUGUGUAAGUCCGGAAAAGGGACGACCGUUGGUGCGGUGGAAGACCCCGGCUCUCUUGUCAUGGGGUUUGUAGUCGAGAUGGACUCUCUCCAGGUCACUGUGGCCACGAUCCAGCAGUACAGCACGAAUCCGGACAAAGCCCAGGCAUCAACAGAAACCCAGAUGAUGAGCACGAAGCGAGUUGUGAAGCUCACUCUAGAUGAGUUCCAUUUCAAAGAUGUUGGAAUGCURGGACAGCUGACGCAGCCGUUCGAAGCCAUCGAUCUUGUAUGGUCAAGUGCUGACAUGAGUCAGGCAGACGUGGAAUUGUUGAAUAAGGAUAUCCUACAAGAUACGAAGCUAUUCCCACGCAAGAAGGAGCCACUUCGCCAUAAGAGCACGGCCUCUGCUGAAGGUCAAGGGCUGAGCAAUGCACCCGUCAUCACUGCUGGAUGUCAUCUGAUGGUCACUGCCAUAAGAGCUGGUGCAGUCGUUGUGCUGCUGGACUACCCGUUUGGCUCGACAAAUGUCCCCACGCCUCAACUACCUGCACCAGUCAACGGCAGCACUGCAGCGCCACCAGUAAAGACACCAACGCUUGAAGGAGGUGGGGAGGAAGUUUCAACAUCUGUGUCAGAACAGCGCGAUGCUCUCACCAUUACAACUCUCGGAUUGGCUCUUGCCGAUAGAGUGCUAUCGAUCACACUAACAGCAAAGCUCGCCUUUGGUCCGCUGGCACUGGGGCUUAUAGACUUUGUUCUGCACGUCGACUACACCCAGGCCAGACACCUCCGUGACAUUAGCAACCUGCACCUCUCAGCAAGCAUAGGCGGCAUCGAAGUUGAAUACAAGAAGGCGCCUGUGAUUCUCGCCGGCCUCUUUCGCCAUAUCGUUAAGAACGACAUGGACUUAUACACUGGUGGUAUCAAUCUUGGAAUUACACCCUACAACUUUUUAGCUGCAGGCAUGUACGGAGACGCCAAGGGUCCCCCUCCGGCUCGUAAACAGUUCAAGACAAUGUUCGUUUUUGCAAAAUUAAAUGGCCCAUUGAUUGAGCUGGAAUUUGCCGAGAUUAAUGGAAUCUGUGGUGGCUUUGGGUACAACUCCAAUCUUCGCUUCCCGGAGAUCUCGCAAUUGGGACAAUUCCCACUGCUGACGACUUCAGACAACAGCGCCAAAGAUCCCCUAGAAGAACUCAACGCGUUGACAGACUCAUCGCAGGGUUGGAUUCAACCACAAGAUGGAGCUUUGUGGCUUGCAGCCGGCCUGGAGAUUAAAGCCUUCCAGGUAGUUGAUAUUUCAGCACUAGUCGCCAUCAAUCUCGGAGAGUCCGUUACACUUGGCGUAUUUGCAGAAGCAGUAGCGAAGCUGCCGAAGGGCGUCCCUGAUGAACAGAUUCUGCUGUUCGUUGACUUUCUCUUUACAGCGCAAAUCAACUUUACCAAGGGAACACUCAUCGUUGGCGGCGAGCUUGCACCGCGAUCCUUCAUCUUGCAUCCAUCUUGCCACCUCACUGGCGGAAUGGCUCUGGCAUAUUGGUUUCCGAACUCGGGUCAUCCAGGUGAUUGGGUUUUCACAAUCGGGGGAUACCAUCCACAGUACAAAAAGCCAUCCCACUAUCCUGAUGCCUCUCGCUUGGGAAUAUCUUGGCGGUACGAUGACCAUUUGUACAUUUCCGGAGGAGCAUACUUUGCGCUUACGCCAAGACUGUGCAUGGCCGGAAUUAGACUACAGGCACAUUUUGAGAUGGAUUCUCUCACCGCGUAUCUCGAGGCCCACGCCGACUUUCUUGUAAACUUUGAGCCAUUUCAGUUCCAGGGGGACAUUGGGGUCUCAGUGCAUGUGUCAUACGACAUUGACUACCUCUUUGGACAUGAUACCAUUACUGGAGAUAUCAGCGCCAAUGUCAAGAUACACGGGCCCCCUGUGGGUGGAACAGUUUACAUUGACCUGCAUAUAUUCGAUGUGUCGGUUGAGUUUGGUAAGGCCUAUCAGCCACAGCCUGCACGAUCUCUGGAUCAGUUCUGGUCCACGAUUUGUCAAGGAAAAGACGAGGACAAGGAGCACAUUUUCUCUGUUGAAUCAGGGUUGGUGUCGCAACCGCAGAAUUUCCCAGGCGGGAAUGCAGCUGCCACAUCCAACCCUUGGGUCGUUCGUGGUGACUUAUUUCACUUUCAUAUCACAUUUCGGGGCGCGGCUUCUUCUAUCCAGUAUGGUACACAGAGUGCGGUUCAAGGACAGCCAGUCCAUGCCAAGUUGUGUAAGCAAACGGGGAACAAUCUACCAAGUAGUGGUAAUGUCUCCAUCYGCCGGAAAGAUAGCCCUGAUAUUCUCAACUUUACGAUGGAAGUGGAGAAAAAGCAGCUUCCAGUCGCUUUAUGGGGAGAGUACUCUUUCGAGUCCGACCCAGACUUACCUCUGCCAGGGCGUCAAGCAGCACUCACAAAAGAUGAGCCCUCGACAAUCGAACACAUCAUGGGCGUGGCGUUGCGGCCACCGAAAGCCUCACCUUCAGAUGAUCGCAUCCCUCCCCUCAAUCUCGCAGAUGCCUCAAAGGUCGACCUUCUGACCGACAAAAACAACCCGCCUCAAAUCCCCAUUUCACAGCUCGAUCCAGCACUGCCUCUCCCCUUCGACACAGCAGAAGAGGCUCGUUUGGCGUGGAACAAUCCGAACUUGCGCAUUUCUAAAGAUAAUCUAGUCGGGAUGUUCGCUUCCCUUGUGGAAAACACAGGUGGUGGUCGAGAAGCGGCAGAAUUCAGGUCUAUUUCUACGUCUCCGCCAAGGGAACUUUUCAAAGAGUGGAAGGAUUUAAUUGCGAAUGCACCUGAUACGAAGAUCAAUAUAGACCUGGCUGAUGAUGGAGUUGAACUGGAAUCACCCAUGGUGCCAGACUUGGAAGUCGACAUGGCGAGAACUGCUGAUCCAAAGUUGUGGUAUUCUGGGCUUCCAUGGGGUGCAUAG